GUGUUAAUGCUGAGAGAUCCGAGGAAGCUCAACCAGCAGUGGUACGGCAUACGUAGAAAACCGUGAAAGGAAAUUCCGAUUAAUACUUUGUGACAUAUUUUCUAGCGUUUUUUGUGAUACUAAUUUAUUUUGUUGAUUGUUCGGAUUUAUUUAUCUACAAACAGUCUUUAAGUUAUAUAUUCAAGAGACUGUGGGUUUAAUUAAGUAAGAUAAGCAUGGCAUUAAUGCCUGGAGUGAACAAGGAGAAACGCAGAAACUCUGAAAAACGAAAGGAAAAGUCCCGAGAUGCUGCUCGUUCUCGCCGAAGUAAAGAAACUGAAAUUUACUGUCAACUUGCAAAUCAGUUACCACUUACUUACACACAACUGGAUAAAGCUUCUCUCAUGCGUUUAAGUAUCAGCUACUUGAAAAUCAGAAAGCUACUUAAUCCUACUGCUGAAAUUCUCAAAAGCUUACCAUCAAGCUCCAGUAAAUGGGACUCUGCUUUUUUGAAAGCUCUAGAAGGAUUCUUAUUAGUUCUGUCAGAAGAAGGAGAUAUUGUUUAUCUAUCAGAAAAUGUCCACCAGUAUCUAGGACUCUCUCAGAUUGACUUCAUGGGACAUAGUAUUUAUGACUUCAGCCAUCCUUGUGAUCAUGAAGAAAUAAAAGAAAUGCUGUCUUUCAAAGGUGAUGAGAAUACAGGGCUGCCUCUCCCUCGAUCUUUUUUCCUACGAAUGAAAUGUACAUUGACCAACAAGGGACGAAAUGUCAAUGUUAAGUCUGCCUCUUACAAGGUGAUUCAUUGUAAUGGAUACAUAAUGAAUGAUAUUCCUCUUGUAAAAAUGGAGAAACAGUCCUAUAAGACUGGCCACUCCCCAGUAAGCUUUUUUGUAUCAAUUGGUGAACCCAUUCCACACCCUUCUAACAUUGAAAUUCCUCUGGACAAACAGACUUUUUUAAGCCGACAUUCACUGGAUAUGAAGUUUACCUAUGUUGAUGAAAGAAUUGAAGAUUUGCUUGAAUACAAAGAAGAGGAAUUGCAGGGAAAAUCUGUAUAUCAGUACCAUCAUGCUCUGGAUACCCGAAUCAUAGAGAAAAGCUUCAAAAUAAUGUUUUCCAAAGGACAGUGUGAAACUGGGCCAUACCGUUUUCUUGCUAAGCAUGGAGGUUAUGUGUGGUUACUGACACAAGGAACAGUCAUUUAUGAAAAUAAUUCAUCAAAGCCACAGUGUGUUGUUUGUGUCAACUAUGUUCUCAGUGGAAUAGAAAAUAAGAAUGAAGUGGUAUCAGAUGAACAAGUAAACAAAGAGUUAGGAUCUCCCCAGGAGCCUUUGAUCUUCAAAAGUUCUACACAGAAUCUGUUCUGUCGUCGUACUGAAGACAUGACCAAAGGAUUUAUAGUAUUUUCUGAUGAAAACAAUGGCUUGACUGAAUGCAAGGAUGAACCAGAAGAUCUUACUCAUCUAGCACCCAAAAUGGCAGACUUUAGUAUUUCAGUGGAUUGCAGUCCUUACUCAUCGGAUAUGAAUGGAGAAGUCAUGAUUUUAGAAGACACAAAGUCUUCAUCCAAAAAGAGUUUAGCUGUUGAAGUACCAUCUGUUUUUAGUGACUGUAACAGUCCUGUUAGUCCUGAUCCUUUUUUAAACUACAGAGAAGACUCCUUAUACUCCCCACUUUCUGUUGAAACUAUGAGUCCUUCUUUAAGCAAGAGCGUAAGUAGCAGUAUUUCAGAUUUGAGUGGCAGUAAAACAUGUAGCUCAAUGGUAGAUCUUCCUGCUUUGGAAAGUCCUGUGGGGUCUAUGUCAAAUUUGGAUUUGAAACUUGGUGCAUCAAAAGUGUUUGCAGAAAGGAAGUCUGAUAUUCAGGAUGAAGAGUUAUUUGAAAGAGCACCUUACAUCCCCAUGAGCACUAUAGAUGAUUGCCCACUUCUGAAUCUUUCUGAGAACAAGAUGUGUGGACCACAAGGAUAUCCUCGGAGGAGAUCUUUGAGCCAUAGCCCUUGUCGGCCUGUAUUUGACUUGGAAGAUGCCAUCUCAUCGCCAAGGAUCUCUCCAGCUGCCAGCACAACCUCUCUGUCUCCCAAUUCACACAUGGGAAGCUAUGGAAAAGGCAUUCGAAGUCGUAAGGACAGAUCAAUGUUACUCAUGGAUAAAAGAUGUAAGAACCUACGAGCCAUUAGUAGUCGAAGCUUGUCUUCAUCUGCUAUCGAUCAUGGAGGGGGAUCUAGUAGAGCUGGCUACAAAUACGUGACUAGUAAUGGAAAAAUAGUUCUUACAGAGAACUUACCUAUAGCCCAGGAAGUGUUGAGUCCUAUUAGCGGAGACCAUAGGAAACACUUUAAUUUACCCAAAGUUUGUGUAACAUUAGUUGAUGAAUUAGCUAACACAGCAGAAACCGCACAGUUUAUCAGUGCUCUGAAGGAUAUGCCCUUUAAGAGAACUGGUGCUACCUUUCAAGCACCCAUGAAUAGUCCUAAAAGAAUGAAAUUUGAAAGUGGACACUCAACAAAUGAAACUUGUCAUACAAAUGCUAGUGUGCUACUAAACUUGUUAAUUAAUGGAGAAGAUACCAGUCAUGGAUACAUUACCUAUAAUACCAAAAUGGACACUAAGUCUUGCCCGCAGUCUCCUUUGGCAUCAAGGUUUGAAGACCAAAUGCUAAAAUCUGUGAAUCUGUCAGCACUUCUUGAUCCAGAAGGUUCAGCUAUUCCAUCCUUGGCUGACAUUACACAGCAUGAUGCAGAAGUUAAUGCCCCCAUUCAUUCAAACCAUCUUCUUCAAGGAGAGGACUUGCUGCAUGCCUUGGACCAGACAGUGAGAGAUGUGUCUUCUCUUGUAUAGCACUGUGUCCAUGCUGGGAACAGAAAACACUUCUCAUAGAAUGGUGUUGUUAAACUACUGUGUUCAUCUUGUAGUAUCUGCUGUCCAAGAAUUAGACUCUUUUGUUAUUGUGUGCUGCUAAAUUUUUGUGAUAAUGUUGAGAAUUGAUUAAUGAUAUAUUCUCAAAACAGCUUCUGAUGUUGCUUUCUUCAUCACUUAGUAUAAAAUUUAAAUUUUAGAAUGAUGUCAUGUUGGUAAGUUAUGUAGACACUUAAAGAAUGGGUUAUUUAUAAUAACUUGUGGUUGCCAAAAAAGAUUCCUACUGUUGUUUUUAUUUAGAAUGAAGAGACAGAAAAAAUUUAUUUUACAAGAAGUUAUUAAAAGUUACAUUUAAGAAUACUCAUUUCAAAUCAUAAGUUGUGUCCAAACACUGUGGACUUGCAUACAAACAUACAUAUAUAUUUUUUUAAGUCAAUGUGCUGUUCUUUACUACCACCAAAAUUGGAAAUUCUUGGAUAGUAGUUAAAGAAAAUCUGCUAACUUUUUGGAUACUGUUUCUCAUCUAAAGUUAUUUUUGAAAACAUCUUUCUUACUAGUUUGGAGUGAAGAAGAAAUUAUAUAAAUGUUUUAAAAAGACAGAUUGUUCCCUCCUUUAAAUCAGUUGAAAGCUGCUUUUAUAAAAAAAAAACUUUGAUUGGGACCAUUAACCCCAUUGUGUUUGAAGAUAUUGAAAACAAAAGGUGAAACAUAAUAGUGUUAUACUUCUCUAGUGUAUAUUCAUUUAUCCAGUUAUGUAGCUUUCUAUUAAGUUUAUAGCUCAUUAACACUAACUUAUGGACUGUAAUUGUCUGUAAUUCAAUAAUAAUAAUAAUAAUUACAUCAAUACAAACACUUGUUAAGUCAGACAGACAAAAUGUCAAAGAAAUGUUCAAGUAAGCAUCUUAUGAUAAAUUAUAUCAUAAUUUGUAGAGUAAGUGUAACAAAAAAUUAACAUUCUUUUAUGAAGUUUCAAUUUGACAAGCAUAUUAAAAAUUGUACUCUAAAUCUUAAAACGUGUCUGUUUACUAAUAUUUACAAUAGUCAUAAAAUUGUGAUAAAAUUCAUGAGUGGUCUUUAAAUUAUGCUUUUCUAAAAUGACUUACAAGUGUUAUAAAAUGCUACAGAAAGGUAAAGAUAAUGUACUUUAUAAAGCUUUCACUUAGCAAACAUGCUUUGUUAUUAUGAAUUGCAAAUUUUUUUUUAAUUUCACAGUUUGGAUAAGAGAAUAUAAGAGGUGUCAUAUAAAAUGCAUUGAACACUUCAAAAAAUUUUCAAAAUAUCACAAUCUCUGAAGUUUGUGACUUGAAAUGAUUGGCCUGGUGUCAUAACUAAUAGCUUUAUGAUUCAUGGUUAUUAUGAAUGUACAAACUGUCCUGCAUAUUGAAUGCAUAUAUUUAAUGGUAUUUUUAAUGUUAUUUAUUUAGUUUACCUUCUAUUUUUCAAUGGAGCUAUUUCAGAUACUGGAGUAAGCAUAUGUUGCACAUACCCCCCCUGAAUUUACAUUUAUGUAAUUUGCUUCAUUUAGACAAUGUUAUACAUGUACCAUUCUUCUGUUUCCAGCUUGAAAAGUUCUUUAUGUUAGCUUAUGGUAUAUUUUUAAUACAAAUGUUUCUGGAAUGUAGGAGGUUAGUGUUUAAUGUGUUACGCUGUGGAAACAAAUGUCAUGUUUUUUUGUUUUUUUUCAUAAGUUUUACUUUGGGAAUAACUUGAUAAUAUUGUAAUUUUAUGAUAUAAAUAUACAAACAGUGGUUUCUUCUAGUGUGAUUAUAUAAAGUCUUCAUAAUUUAGGUUCAAGGUAGCAUCAUAUGGUCCUAUUCUAGUACUAAUGUUGAUUGAUUUUGUUUGUUACAUUGUAUGUAUUUUGUGCUGCAAACACUGUUCAUAAGGUGAUUAAACUAUAGAGACACUUUACUUUUCAGAACUUGAGGGUUAUAAAUAUAAUAACCAAUCUUCACAUUUAUUGUUACAUAUGCAGAUGCAAUAUUCUAGUUUUUUUAUUCUGGUUUUUGUUAGCAAAGUAUACAGCAAACAUUUGUUGCUUAGUUUGCUCUGAGCACUCUUGACAAAUCUUGAUCUCAAAUUGCAUAAAAACUUCUUCAUUGAAAAUCCUUUAUUCCAGCUGAGCUUAGUUUGUACAUUAUUCUGUAAGCCAUAGCCGUUCCAAUGUUAAGGCUUGCUUGUGCCUGUGAGAUAAAUAAUAUAAAUCAGGUUAUAGUGUUCUUUUUUUUUUAUUACAUUAUGAAAUGUGUGGAAAGUAGUGAGUUGAUUAUAAUCUGGGUGUUUGUUAUUGAGUGUAUAAAAUUUAUACGUUAUUUUCAUUACUGAUUGAAUGAUAUUCUUGUAAGAAAAAAAUAGUUUAUAAGCACUCUCUUCUGUGAUUUGCAGAAGUAAAAAAAAUCCCCAAACCUUGUAAUAUGCCUGUCAGGCACAUAGCACAAAAUUUUAAGUACCUGACAUAAAAUUGUACUUGCCCAGACUUCCAUCCCAUUAUGAUUUUACUCUGAUAGGUGACUUCUCAACUGUUAUGUUUCUUGUGCUGAGAGUUCCAGCAUCCAGUGUUCUACUGUUGUACAUGGCUGGAAUUCAACAGUGGGAGUUCCAUUUAUGCUAAUACCGUGUGGUCAUUUGUGGUUUUUAUUGAAAGGCAAGAGUGAAGUGAAUUUUUUUGCCUGUUCAUUAAACUAAAUCUCCUUUCACUUGCAGGAGUGCUUGAAACAGAACCAACACAAUUCAUUUAACAGUAGAAUAUAUUUUGAUUGUUCAGUGGUUUGAUUCUGAGCAGAUGGCUGUUUACUACAAGCAUAUUAUAUGUAUUCCUCAUUUUAUUUGCAAUUUUAAAUUGAUAUUCUUUGCUUGGUUUGAACAGAUAGCUAUAUGCUGUUGUUUGUCUUAUUUGCAGUUAAAGUAAUAUUCCUGGCUUAGUUCUGAUCUAGUAGCUUUACUGCAAGCAUAUUGCAAGUAAUAUUCCUGGCUUGGUUCUGAAUGAGAAGCUGUAUUUCACUUCUUUUGAGCAAGUUUACUUUUUCAAUAGCACUUAAAAAUUUGGUUAAAAUGACCAAUUAGUUGUAAAAAUUCAUUAAUUCCAAAUAUUGCAAAAGCAUUCAUAAUAGUUCUCAGAGUUUUUAAGUAUGACAGUGGUUUCUUUUGUAGAACUUAAAUGUUUUACGAUGCAACUAAUGUCGGUUUGACUAAUAAAUCAACAAUGCUGAGUUCAUUUAAGUAGCUUUUAUUUUGUGCUUAAUUUUCGUAUUUUCUAGAUGCACAUUAAUCAAUACAACAUUUUUCAGUACAGCUUGAUGCUGGCUAACCAGCCACAGAAUUUAAAAUAUUUAUAUUCAAGCUGUAACUUAUUAAAACUGGCUUACCUAUUCCAACUGUCACCAAAAGUUUUGGAAAAGAGAAUUAUAGCAAGUUCAAGGUUGUGUGCAAUACAGUGAAAGGAUGUGUCAUUUGUGCCACAGCACCAGAUUUUUUCUUCAUAUACAAAUCCAUUAUCUUCCCUAGCUUUCAUUCCUUAUUUACUUUUACAUCUUUUGAGCUUUAAUAAUAGCUUCAUGCAUGCAUUUUGUAUCUAUACUUCAUAAUCCACUAAACCUACACAUUUUGUUGUAAGUUUACUAUUAUGCACGUACUGAAUAUAGAUAAUUUGCUCUUCUACUGCUUUACAGUUGUUAUUUUUACUGCCACCACACAUGUAAAUGAAUUAAUACCAACUAUGCCACUAGAUACAGUUUUAACACUUCUGCAGUGUGGUGCAAGCUUUGCACAAGCUAUUCUUUGUUUUGUUAUGCACUCCCACAUAUGUAUCACUGUGUCAAUGAAAUAAAAACUAGUUUGAUGAGCAAUGUUUAGAAACUAAUAACAAACCUUGUACCCCAUCAAUAUAUAUUAUUCAUUCCAUUCAAGCCAUGUGAACUUUUGUAGCUAUUUAUUUGGAAUACUGUGUUUGCAAUUGUUGUUUUUCCUACUCUCACAUUUUGUUUUUCUUCAUAGCAGGUUCACAUAUAUUAGACAUAUGAACUUGUACAACACAUGGUUCAUGUAUGGAUGUUUAAUAUUGUACAAUGUCACUUUUUGCCUUAAGGAAUUUUUGAAUAACAUUUUCUUUCACUUAUUUCACUUACUACUUGGUACAACGUUAUUUUACUUAUGGUGUAAUUCUCUUGUUCUUUGUUACUGUGAUUUCAUUCAAAUUAGACAUACUCGUGAAUGGUGUUUUCAAUGAUGCAAAAAAAUUAUUCACAAAUGACCUAUACAUCUAGUUAUAAAUAUUUUGUGGCCCAGAUGUAAAGCAUGACAAAUAAGUUAUGCUCACUUAUUUUAAAGUAGUACUGGUGCUUGUGUACUUUUGGCUUCAAUUAACUAAAUUUGUGCAAAUUAUUCAUUCACUGGCUUCAGUAGAUGGUUGUUCAUAUACUACUGUAAGUGAUUGAUACCAUGAAAAGGAAACUUUAUGAGAGUAAAAGUUAAUUAAUUGUUAGACAUGUAACUUAGAUCUGUAAUAUAAAAAAAAAAUAUUUUGUUUUUGGGCAUAGAGAAUUGGUAGAGCCCUGGGCAUGUUUGGGGGCAUCGAGAUGUAUUUUGUGCUAGAAAAAUGAUUUCUGUUAGGCUUUAUGAUGUAUUUUCAUGUAUGUAGCAUGAUGUUCAAGUGAAUAAGUCCUAAAAAUAUAUUUGCCAUGAAAGACAAAAUCUUUAUAUUAUUUAUGGCUAGUGUCCUAGAGAGAGAGAGAUAAGAUGUUUGUAUGCUUUGCUCGGUGACAGUGAAAUCAGAUUAAGGUAAUAGGUGUAAAUGGGAAAAACAUUUUAAAUGAUUACCUUCUGAUGAUAGACAUAUGAAACUGCAAGAUUUUGAGCAAGUUAAAAUAUGCUAGUUCAUUGUUUAUUUAAAUAAAGAAGUGUUUGUGACAUCCCUUUGUCAUUAAAGGUGAAAGAUAUUUGUAGUUUCCUGGUGAAGUUACAACUCUGUGAAUUGAGUUUUGUAAACAUCCACAAUCAGAUGCAGCAAGUAUAAAUGUUUAAAAACAAGAUAUCAAAAGAAAGAUUUAUAAACCAAGUAUGGAGAUCACAAAGUCCGUGCAAGUCCCCCCCCCCCUUUUUGUGAAAUUUGCACCAUAAGGUUUAACAUUGGGUGUUUAGUGUGUGUAAUUACAGAACUAAUACAGAAAUGCAAAGUAUAAGCAAAGUUUAGUGCAAAGCAUUUGUAACAGAGAAUAUUCUAUGCGUAUAAGAUAUUUAUUACGAGACAUUUUAUAAGUAGAAUAGUGCUGAUUAUGUACAUUAUGUUUGUUGUUAGAGUAAUACUGGCUAUGGGUACGGUAUCUGUUGUGAGAAGGUUAUUGAUAGGGCAGUACUAGGUAUGUGUAACAUCUUUACUGGAAGGUUAGAAUUGAUGCAAGCACAAUAGCAUAAUGGCAUUAAAAGUAGGAAAGUACCAGUUGUACAAAUACCUACUUUGUAUAAGUAAUUCACCAGUAAGAUAUUCCUUGUUGUGUAAAAAAAAAAUUUUUUAUUUUCAUGGGGCAGUACUAGAUAAACCCUAAUUGUUGAUGUGAAAAACAGUUAUAAAUGAUUUAAAGGAUUUAAUAAUUGUUUAAAGAUUAUACUUUUUUUGUAUUUUUGUCACUGUUAAAACCACUUUGAAGAACUUAGUGGGUGGGAUAAUGUUUUUAUUGAGAAAAUAAUUUACCAGUGUUUUUUUAUUUGUAUCAAAACAGUUGUUUAAAAUCCACCAUGUGUUUUAUGUAUAUUUAGACUAGCAACUCGUGUUUGCUCGUUUUAGCCUUAAAAAUAUAUUAGUUUUUAUGAUAUAUAUCAAUUUUAAGCUGACAUGUUUUGUCAAUAAUUUUACAGCUGAAGUUAAUGUUAGUGAAAAGAAAAAAAAAGAUAUUUUAUAGGUAAGGAAUUGGUUUGUUUAUAAAGUUGUUGUUGUGACAAGACUGAAUAUUUGAAUUCUUGUAGCAUUGACCAGUUGUUUAUGCUUUUUGUCAGCUUCAGUGACUGUUUAAUUUUGGAUUUUUUUCCACAUCUUUGGUCUGUCAGUUAGCUUUGUUUAUGCUCAGUUGUUAAAAUUGAGCAGGUUUUACACAGACUUAAUGUACAAGACCUGUGCCAAUCAACACUUGCCGACCAGGAAAGAAAAAUCACAAAUGAACAGUUGUUAGUGUUGAGCAGGUUUUACACAAACUGAAUGUUUCAAAAUCUUUGCCAAUCAACACUUACUAACCAGGAAAGAAAAGAUCACAAAUGAACAGUUGUUAGUGUUGAGCAGGUUUUACACAGACUAUAUGUUUCAAAACCUGUGCCACUUAACACUUGCCAACCAAUAAAGAAAAGAUCACAAAUGAACAGUUGUUAGUGUUAAGUAUGGUUUGUACAGACUGAAUGUUGCAAGACUUCCAAUCAUCAACUCUGGUUGAAAGAGAAUUAGUGACCAAUAAAUAAUCAAACUUCUGGAACUUGAUCAGUUUUUCAUCUUUGUUUGAGUUAGUCUUUGUAAAACCUUCUCUGUUGUAUAUUUAGAUUUUAUAAACCAUAUUGUAAGUGCUCAGCAUUCAGUUUGACUACAGCUGUGUGCAUGGUUAUUGUCCUUAUGCUAACCUUGUCUGUUAGCUAGUGAGUUGUAUUAAUGUAGCCUCAGUAUAUUUUAGUAUCAAAUAAAUAUUUAACCAAAAAAGUA